AUGGAGGAAUACUUCUCUACCUUUGCAUCCUCGGAGGCGCAAUCAUGUUGUCGUGGAGCGAGUCCCAGUGGUAAACGGACCUCCUACAUUGCUCUAGGUAGCAACAUGGGGGAUCGGAUAGCCAUGAUCGAGGAAGCAUGCAAGCACAUGGACGAAAGAGGCAUCAAAGUAAAAAGGACCAGCAGUCUGUGGGAAACCAAGCCAAUGUACGUCGCUGAUCAGGAUAGGUUUGUGAAUGGGGCUUGCGAGGUGGAAACCGACUUGGAGCCUUUGGCACUGUUGGAUGCAUUGCAAGACAUAGAGAAGUCUAUGGGGCGGCAGAAGGUCAUAGAUAAAGGCCCUCGGAACAUUGACUUAGACAUCCUUCUUUAUGAAGAUGAGGAGGUCGACCACGAGAGGCUCAAAAUUCCUCACGUCGGCAUUCCAGAACGUGAAUUCGUUCUUCGCCCCCUGGCCGAACUCAUUCCACAUAAGCCCAUAAACCCCAAAAGGCCCUGGAAACUCAUACAGGAUUAUCUAAACCAACUCGAGCCAGCUGGCGAGCCGCUCUCGACUCUUACGCCAAUAUGUACCUCAGUAGAACCCCUGAACGCCCUCAAGGCAACCAGGAAAACCCAACUGAUGGCUAUUCUGAACAUAACACCAGACUCAUUUUCUGACGGCGGAAUGCAUACUCCCGACUCUCUAAGGGAUACCAUCUUAGCCUACGUUAGAGGAGGUGCCACGAUCUUUGAUAUCGGCGGCCAAUCUACGGCGCCUGGGACACUGGAAGUCAGCGGCGAAGAAGAGCUGAACCGCAUCUUGCCUGCCAUAGAGCUCAUCCGCAGCCUUCCCGAGACGCGCGACGUGGCUAUCAGCGUAGACACCUACCGCGCAUCCGUUGCCGAAGCAGCUGUCCAAGCCGGCGCAGACAUCAUCAACGAUGUGUCUGCGGGCGUCAUGGAUCCAGACAUGCUUCCCACAAUGGCUCGCUUGGGCAAGACGGUUUGUCUGAUGCACAUGAGAGGCACCCCUAGCACGAUGAGUAAACUCAACGACUAUCCCCAGGGUCUAAUUUGGACAAUUGCCGAAGAACUACUCGAGCGCGUCGCCGCAGCAGAGGCGGCGGGGGUGCGUCGGUGGCGCAUCAUCCUCGACCCAGGACUUGGGUUCGCCAAGGUUGGGGAGCAGAAUCUGCAACUGCUGCGUCGCUUCGACGAGCUACGGAACUGGCCCGGCCUAGAGGGCCUGCCCUGGCUCAUGGGCUCCAGCCGCAAGAGCUUCAUCGGCAAGGUCACCGGCGUGCCCAAGCCGAUGGAUCGUGUCUUCGGCACGGCGGCAACCGUGGCUGCCGCUGUACAGGCCGGCGCGGAUAUAGUACGCGUCCACGACGUGAUAGAGAUGGGACAGGUAGUUAAGAUGGCAGACGCCAUAUGGCGAUACUAG